AUAGCUUCCAUAUGCAGAGGGACGAAAAUACACUCAAAUUUGGUGUUAGUUGGGCAUUGGUUAGUUGUGAUUUUCGGAUCAUUUUACACCUUCGCUUGGGAUUUGAAGUCGCAUACCGUGACCGGAAGCUGGUCCUAAAAUCACAGUAGUAUUUUUCACGGUGUCACCAUGUCCUUCCUGGACACAUCGUCUCAGUCGGGUCUGCUUGACUGCUCUGAGGGAGAGAUGAAGGCGGCAGUCUGGGCGAGCGCCGACCUGCUGGAUCCAAGCGGCGACGCCUCCGACUUUGACAUCUCAAGCUUCUUCAGUCAGUUGGCUGCCUCAUCGGCGGCCGUGGAGGCAUCACAUGGCGGAGAGGGACUCUGUGAACCUUCAGAUGUAUCUGGCAGUCACCUGGCGGUGCAUCGUGAUGACAAUGCCUCCCUGGAAGAUCCCGUCGGCCAGGACGAGGCUGAUGUAGCCAACGAUGCUGCCGACGUGUCACUAUCGGCACUUCUGGGCGAGCAUGCUGAGAUUCAGGAGGCUCUGCUGGCCGCCUCCCAGCCCCCGCCGCCUCCCCCCGCGCCCAUCGCACGUGGGAAGACCGUGGUGGUAGUGAAGAGACAGCCACCCUCACCGCCCCCCUCUCCCUCACCCCCUCCCCCAUCAUCACAACCAGCGUCCCAACCAGCAUCUCUUCCGUCGUAUCUUCCCAUACAGCGGCUACCACAACCCCAACCUACCUCCUCACAACGCCCGGCCCGGCGAACCCGUAAAGUACCCCCACCGUAUGGUCGACCACCCACAGCUCCUCUAAACGCCUACUGUCUCUUCUUCAAGGAGCAAUAUGCGGAGUUGAAGCUACGCUGGCGAGGGUUGAACACUCGCCGAGCGAUACCAAAACUAUCCAAACUGUGGGCUAGUCUUGGUGUUGAGGAGAGGCGACCGUAUGUUGAAGAAGCUGAGAGACAAAAGGGGAAGUAUCGUGUAGAGUUAGCGGAGUAUAGGAGAAGGGCGAGGAUCUGGAGAAAACAGAGGAAGCCCGGUGAUGUGGCGGUGGAUGAGGGAGAGGAUGUGACGCCAGUGCUGUUGACGUCAUCAUCCUCAUCGUCGGGAGGAGCGACAGGAUCAUCAUCAUCAUCAACAGCAGCAAUGGCAACGUCAACAGCAGCAGCAACAGCGGCGGCAGUAGCGGUAGAGACAGACCUUCCACCUUCAGUGGUGACAGCAGCAGUGGUAGGAAACCAACCAACCCUCCCUUCAAUGAACGCAUUAGACGGGGACUCCACUAUGACUCAACCGGAACCACUAUGUGGCUCUAUAAGCGCCAAUAUUGGUGUGGGUGAGAGUAUAAGUUCUAUGGCUGUUGUAGCAGUAGAGCCAGCGAUGGGAAGGUUGAUGUCGGGUGCGGGUGACAGUCAAGAAGAAGAGGAAGAGGAAGAUGAAGAGGCUCAUUUUGAUGACGAUCCUGCUGACCUGUUCUGCAGCCUCUGUGGACUGUACUUCAGCAGUUCGCACAACAAGCAGCAACAUCUGACAAGCAGGGGUCAUAUCAGGAAAAUGGAGGAGCGUGCACUGGCCCAGGAGGCCCGCGCGGCCUCUCUGCGCGAGUCGCGACUCCGUCUACUCCGCGAGUCAAAGGAGUACUGCUCCGACGUGACUCUCUCCAUGGAGUCAACUCUGCAGGCUAUAUGUCUGAGAGAAAGAGAGGUCGGCUUUUUGAAGGAGUUUAGCGAGGAACUGCGGAAGAAACAGGAGGAGCUGAAGCAGCAACUGGCAGAAAUGGAGGAGCGCCGUGCUGCUGCGAUGACGUCACAGGAGGCAGUGACGUCACAGCACCGUCAGCUGACUGAACAGGUAGAGAAUCUCCUAUUAAUACCGACCUUGUUUGGAGUGAUGAAACUGUGGGGACGCGACACCCAACGCAGCACCAUCUCUGUUCGCUGCGGGCAACUAGAGUUGUGAUCGAUGUAGGAAAGAUGUCGCUUUGUAUCGAUGUUGAGUGGAAUCUUCGCCAUUGUUGUGAUAUCAGAACAUAUUUUUGUAUGGUAUGUUACAUAAAUAUAUUCAUUUUGUAUCAAAUCGAUUAUCGAUCGGUCGCUGCUAAAUGAAGAUUCGUAAAACAGUUUCAAUAUAAAGCUCUUGUCUCUUGAAGAAAGAAGGCACGCAAUUGUGUCGCGUUAAAGGGAGAUAAUGAGCUUUCUUUUUUCUUAAAUAAAAAUUACUCGACAUC